GAACGCGUUACGAGCGUUUACUUUUUUUAUUUUUUCUCCCAUCGUUCGGUGCUGCUGCUACUCGCGCGCCAUAGUCAUAUAUACAUUUAUUAUUAUUAUUAUUAUUAUUAUUAUUAUUAUUACUUUUUUUUUUCAUUAUUUUCAAAAUGGCCGUGUGUCCACUGUUUGUUUAGAGAGUGCGCGUCCGCGAAAUGUUUCCAUGGAUCACCGCUAAUGAAACCCGUCCCACUACGUUCGUCUAGUGCGCGUCGCGUACAUUUGUUCCGAUCAACGCCGUUCGCGCGUUCGCCCGCGCCGUUCCACCGGACACUCGAUUGAAAUCCGCGAGUCUCGCACCUCCACUGCCGUCGCCGCCGUUGAAUAUUGAUAACUCGUUCGAAUCGCGUCUACUCUUGCGUUCUGCACGUCUGUAAUUUUUCUUUUUCCUCCCGGACUAGGUGAUCGUCGCCGUCUUAGUACCCACAAACGCGAGCGAACCACGUCCAUCUGCAGCCAGUGGUUGUCGUCUUCGCAUUCCGUCCACCUAUCCGUCGAAGGAUUUGGUCGAACUUUUAUCUCCUUCCCGUCGCCGCUGAGGACCACUUGUUCGCGCUCACGUUCUGUUAUUCUCGCGAUGACUGCUGACUCAUGUUCGACGCAAUGACUGAUACCAAGCGGCGAGUGAAGUUGUAUGCCCUGAACGCCGAUCGUCAAUGGGACGAUCGUGGCACGGGGCAUGUAUCAUGCAACUACGUUGAACGGCUCAAAGGAGUUUCACUGUUGGUUCGUGCUGAAGCCGAUGGUGCUCUUUUAUUAGAAUCAAAAAUUCAGCAUGAUACAGUCUACCAAAAACAACAAGACACUUUGAUUGUUUGGUCUGAAGCUGAUAAUUUUGAUUUGGCAUUAAGUUUUCAAGAAAAAGCUGGUUGUGAAGAAAUUUGGGAGAAAAUUUGUAAUGUUCAAGGGAAGGACCCAACAAUUGAAACUACUCAAGAUAUUGUUGAAGAGUCUGAAGAUGAGCGGUUUGAUGAUUUAUCAGAUUCUGCUCCUCCUGUAGAAUUGCCAUUAUGUGAAAUUGGCAGGCUUAAAGAAAUUAAAGAUCUUUUUAUCACUUGUAUGGCUACACCUUUAAAUAAAGAUCGGUUAGCUGAAGCUAUUGAAAAUGAUGGUUAUGUACGCAAGUUGGUUAAACUUUUUAAUUUGUGUGAGGAUCUCAAUAAUUUGGAAGGUCUACAUUGUUUAUAUGACAUAGUUAAAAACAUUUUUCUAAUUAACAAAAAUGCCCUCUUUGAAAUGCUAUUUGCUGAUGAUAUUAUAUUUGAUGUCAUUGGUUGUUUAGAAUAUGAUCCAACUCAACCCAUUCGUAAAUAUCAUAGGCAUCAUUUAAAAAAUGUUUCCAAAUUUAAAGAAGUCAUAUUAAUAACUAAUCCUGAGUUAUUGAACAAAAUACAUCAAACUCAUAGAGUACAGUACAUACAAGAUGUGGUUCUUCCUACACCAUCUGUAUUUGAAGAUAAUAUGUUAUCUGCAUUAAGUAGUUUUAUAUUUUUUAAUAAAGUGGAAAUUGUCACUUUAAUUCAAGAAGAUGAUAAAUUCUUGCCAGAUCUGUUAGGCCAACUGCAAGAUGAAAACACACCAGAUUCAAGAAAGCUCGAGUUAGUUCAGUUUCUUAAAGAGUUUUGCAAUUUUUCACAAAAUUUACAGCCACCACAAAAAGAAGGAUUUUUUAGAACUUUGACAUCUCUUGGUAUUUUACCAAUGCUUGAAAUGACUUUAAUAUCUGAAGAAGUGAAUAUCAAACAGGCUGCUAUUGAUAUUCUCACUAUUCUUGUUGAGUUUUCACCUUCUGUUAUACGAGAAUAUAUUCUUCAACAAUCAACCAGUACUGUGCCUCAAGGAAAUGGAAAUGAAAAAGACUUGAUGCUAAUGAAUGUGAUAAUCAAACAAAUGAUAUGCGAUACUGAUCCUGAUCUCGGACGUGCUGUCCAGUUAAUGGGUGUUAUACGGGUGUUAAUAGACCCUGAAAACAUGUUGCCAUCACUAAGCAAAGUAGAAAAAACAGAUUUUCUUAACUAUUUUUAUAAAAAUAGUGUUGAUAUACUUGCUGAACCACUAUUGAAAAAUACGGAAAAUGGUGAGCCUGCACAAGAUGAUUACCAAAAUGCACAGUUAUUGGCUCAUAUUCUUGAGUUAUUGACCUUUUGUGUUGAACAUCAUUCAUAUCAUAUUAAAUCGUGCAUAAUGAACAAAGAUUUAUUGAAACGUGUAUUAGUACUUAUGAAGUCUGCCCAUAAAUUUUUAGUAUUGGGUGCACUACGAUUCAUGAGAAAAAUUGUUGCUCUUAAAGAUGAGUUUUAUAAUCGUUAUAUUACAAAAGGUUGUCUUUUUGGUCCUGUAAUCGAUUGUUUGUUAAAUAACAAUGGCCGUUAUAAUUUACUUGAUUCUGCCAUUAUUGAACUAUUUGAAUUUAUUAAACUCGAAGAUAUAAAAAUUUUGAUUGCACAUAUUGUUGAAAAUUAUGGUAAAAAGUUUGAACACAUAGAUUAUGUACAAACAUUCAAAGCUCUAAGACAACGACACAUUCAACAAACUGAAAAAUUAAAAGAAAAACCUAUUACUAAUUGUAGUGUGACUGUUUCAACUGGACGCUUUAGGCGAGAUCCUCGACAAAUAGAAGACGAAGAAGAAAUAUGGUUCAAUAAUGAAGAUGAUGAAUUUGAUGAUAGUGAAGCAGUAGUGCCACAUACUGGGAUGACAGGUUCAACUGAAAUAACAGCCUCUGAACAAUUAGAUUCUAUAGGUAAAAGUAUUGAUAAGAAAUGUGAAGGUAGUAGUGCAAAAAUAUUUGGUACCACAGUAAAAACAACACCAGUCAUAAAUAAUAAUAUGGUAGUUACUCCAACAUUAAGUUCAUCUCCAGAAGAUCCUAAAAAUAGUUCACUUCUGAAAAAGGCUUUAGUUGACUAUGAUGGUGAUUCAGACGAGGAUGAUGAUGAAAAUGGAGAUUUAAAAUCACCUAUCAAGAGAGCACGUUAUUCAUGAUAUGUUUGUAAAAGUUCAUGUAUCUAUGAUUUAAAUAAUAAUUAACUUGUUUUGUUAUACAAAACAAGUACAAACACUUAUAAUUUUAAGUUUUAGACUAAAUAACAUCACUCCAAUGUAAAUAAUAAUCAUGCUAAGUAUGAUAUGCAUUAUAGAUGUUUUCGUGAAUAAUAUGUUAAGCUAGGUAAAUCAUGUAUGUUGCUUAUCAACAUUUUUAUUUUUAUUUUUUACCUACAACUCAACUAAAACGUGUACAUUUGACUAUCCUUUGGACUAUUCAUGUUAUCAGUACUUAAUCAUGAUUAUUAUUGUAACUAAAACAAUAAUAAAAAAACAUACUUGUUUAUGUUUUUCAAAAAGAAUA